AAAAUAAGAUCUGAGCGCAGACUGGCGUUUGCCUCUUGGGAAAUCUGUGACAACAGAGACCCGGAGCAGGGAUGAACGCCAGCCCCCCUGCAGGGAGUGCUCUGGCCCCUGGUGGGGCAACAGGCCCCACUACACCCAAGAAGGGGCCGCCAAAGUUCAAACAGAGGCAGACCCGCACGUUCAAGAGCAAGGCCCCUAAACCAGGCCAGAAAGGCUUUGGUGACGAUAUCCCCGGCAUGGAGGGUCUCGGCACCGACAUCACAGUGGUGUGCCCAUGGGAAGCUUUUGGCGACAUGGAACUCAGCGACUUGGCCAAAUAUGGCAUCAUUUAGUGCGCCACCCUGCCACCUGCGUCUCUCCUCUCUGUAACCCCCUCUGCCCGGCCUUCUCUCUAGCUCAGCAUGCCCAGAUAAGGCUGCCAGCAAACCCCUUAAUGCCCUCUCGUCUGUCUACCUCAAGGCUUCAUUUCCACUGAGUGGACAGAACGCCUAAUAAUGUGCUUAUUUUUUUAUAUUAUUAUAAUACUGUUUACAGUAAAUCUACACUUGAAAUGAUAUGACGAGAAUAAAACUCCAAAUACCUUCUGCCCUGACCUCAUUCCAUUUACAAUAGUUUUCUCCUCCCGACUUUCCUUUGUCCUUAUCUCUUAU